GUUGGAUCUUUGACUUAUUACUCAAUUUGCUCUGAUUUUAUCUUAUUUUUGACUUAUCUUUUCAAAACAAGAUGAACAAAUUACUCUGGAUCGGUGCAGCUUUAAUGGUGAUGUUUGUCACAGGUGAGUGUCUGGUCUGCAGAACCUGUAAAAUGGGUCUUGGAGGUCGAUGUCUGUUCCCGUCCAGAAUGACCUGCAGUGAUGCUCAGCCCAACUGCUACAUUGGAAAUAUGGUCCUCAACGUCAGUAAGUUCAUGCGCAUGCAUGCCAGAGGUUGCAUCGCUUCGUCUCUCUGCAACACAACUGAAACAGGGACGCUCCUGACUGCAGGUUACACUGUGUCCAGGACCUGCUGCAACACCGACUGCUGUAACGGAGCCACAGCCAUCCAGAUCCCUCUGACUGCUGCUUUAGGCGCCGCCGUCAUGUCUGUGUGGAGCACCUGGAGUCAUUAAACGCAACACAAACGUCCUAUUCUGAAGGCGUCUUAUACAUCCUAUUGACCUGACUGUGUAUGCAAACAUUAAACCACUGAACACACACAUUCUCAUCGGCUAAAAUUUACUUAGGGGGUCAAAUGAGUGGCCAUUUUUGUCAAAAAAAAAAAAAAAAAAAGU